AUGUCGACGACGCAGACACCCGAGAUCUUGCGAAUUGCCAUCUCGCCAAUCAUCCCGCCCCCUCACCCUUCCACCCCGUCGAGCAAACGCAAAAUCACGCCCACUGCCGAACAGUCGUCUUCAAAGAGAUCCCUGAUCGUCACCACGCCCAAGAAGAGUCCCGGCCCAAACCUCACACUGGGUGCCCAAAUCUCAAUCAAGUCUUUCUCGUCGCCGACACCGCGGUUCCCGGGCGGCUCGGCAAGGGUGGUCCAAUAUAGCAAGCACGCCCCCCCAUCCCCAUCUCCAGCAAAGAAGGAUGAGACCUGGCAUACCCAGCACAUCCUGCUGCCAUAUGACUUGCGGGACCCGAAGGUCCGGCUUGAUAGUCCCGAGGUCCAAACCCUCCUCCGAAACAUCUUUCCCAAGUGCGAAAACAUUGCCGAGCCUCGGUUCCGGUCCCAUCUCAUCUUCCAGGUCGAGGAGUUGCCCUCAGCACCCUGGCCGCUGACCAUUGGCGGACUGCCGUUCACAUUCAUCGAGCCCAACAUCAAUAAUCACGGCCUAAUUUUCCCCCGGUGGAAGUUCGCCAACUUCACCAUUUCCGUCCGGCCCGACUUUAACCUCACGAGCCUUUCUACGAACCUUUCCGGCACAGAUCUUUGUGAUCUGGCACGUAGUACCAAUGCUGAGAUCCAGAAGAGGUUGCCAGGUAUUCACCUUAUCGAGCUCAUCUUUGCGGCUUCGCACGCAUUCUAUGUGGUACUCGCAGACAACGUCAACAUCAACCCGAUACUUGUCAAGCUUCCCGGAAAGAUCGCAAACUGUCCUGUGAGCUAUCUCAACAUCAGGGACCUUAACCGGCCGGCCUAUGUCGAUCUACCAGCCAAACGACAAGUGAACCCUGCCCCACUCAACCAAGUGGUCGACGCUACUGCAUAUAACACCCUGAGACCAGGGGUGAUGAUCAACAGUGUGGUAUUGAAGGAACACGGCCAUCCUGCCACCUUUUCCACCACCUCCGGCGUGUUCGUCAAGAACAGUGUCGGCAAUCGUUUCAUGACUGUGGCGUCUCAUGGCGUGGGCCAGAAUAUAUGGCAGCCACAUCGCCCCCACCGCACGGUGGGCAAGCCCGUGGUGGAAAUCCCAUCCACCGAUAUCAGCCUGGUCCAGCUGGAGGCCGGGGUACCAUUCGCCGCCGAGACCUUUGAGGAUGCCGAUGGCGUAAUACCUCGAUUUUCACGUUUUGUUGCCCCAAACGAAGCAGUCGAAUUCAAUAGAAUUCAUCUCAACAGCCCAUUCACAGGGCAUGUAGAGGGCAAUGUUGUGGCGCAGUCAGCCAAGCUGCAAAGUCAAUCAUCGCACCCAACCGAAAACAGGCUCAAAGACAACUAUGUGCUCUAUCAGUGGCAUAUCCUGGGACAAGGGCACGGAUCGGGCCAGCACACAACGCCCCCAGAUGGCACGUGUGGAUCGGCCAUCUAG